GUUUAGUUUGGUGUCACAAACUAUUUGGUGUCUUUUAUGAGAAUAGUGUUUAUGCUAUUUAAAACACCUUGAAGAUUGUUUUGUCAAGGAAUAAUGUCUGUGCACUGGAGUUCAGAAAUAGCAAAAUGGGAAUACCGGGAAUUACAGGCAUCUGCUAUGUCCGUGGACUACACGGGAAACAACGUCCUUCUAGCGGGACGUAGGUGGCUUGCCAUCAAACAAAUUAAUCUAGAGGAAGACGCCGGUGACAUAGUAAAAAAGUACCCUCGUCAAAGUAAAUACGACGCCGCUGGUGCUGAGUGGUGUCAAACAUACCAAGGGCAGAAACUUUGUGCCAUAGCAAGUAACCAGAGAGUGGAUGUGUAUGAAUGGCGCAGCGGCAACGACCUCACGUGUAUAAGUUCGCUGCGCGGCCACACUCGUGUUGUUAGCGACACACACUUCCACAGACAGGACCACAACCUUAUUGCUACUUGUUCUAUAGACACCUUCACACAUUUAUGGGACUUGCGAGAUGCUAGAAAACCUGUAGUAUCAUUAUGUGCUGUAGCUGGAGCCUCACAAGUACAGUGGAACAAAGUAGCAUCUCAUUUAGUAGCCACAGCACAUGAUGGAGACAUAAAAAUUUGGGAUUACAGGAAAAACUCAGCUCCCAUACAUUACAUAUCAGCCCAUUUGUGCAAGAUCCAUGGUGUGGAUUGGAGUCCUCAUCAUGAGUACCAACUUGUCACAUCUAGUCAUGAUGGAAGUAUCAAGUACUUUGAUAUUAGCAAUUCACGAAGGCCUGAGAAUAUUAUAAUGACUAACUUCCCUGUUUGGAGAGCUAUUUACACACCAUUUGGUAGUGGACUUUUAACAAUUGGUGUCGGGUGGGGUGGUUUGCCUAGAGCUGAACAGUCUGGAGUCAUUGGUAUUUGGGUGGGUGGUACACUUACACACAGAUUAGUUGGACAUACAGAUACUGUCCAGACAAUGGUAUGGAGACCAAACACAGCUCCGUCAAAUUAUCAACUUAUUACAUGGGGCCGAGACCAGUCACUAAGAGUGUGGUCAAUGCAUCCUACGCUCUUGAAGAUGUGCAACCACUACUUGCCAGAUGACACUGAAGGUGAUGAUAACAAUAGUGACACUGGUAGCUGUACUUCAACUGUUGGUUCAAUGAAUGAUCUAUCUAGUGAUAAUAAAGGUCAUGACAUUCAAAUGAAUAAACUUUCAAAUAAAUCUACAACAAUUGAUGAAGAAUUUGAAUCCAUUCGGGAAAUGGCUAACAUUGAAGUAACAGACAUGAACACUGAAACAAGGACUUGCCAGAUUCAUUCUGAGCGCAAUGGUUACACAGCCAAUCUUCAAGUCACAUUUCCAAAGAAUGUAUCUGAACAAACCAUACCAAAGUUUUCUUGGCUUUCUGGGACUAAUGUUGAUGGGCCAACAACAGUAAAAAUACUUCAGGCCAUUAACAGAACGGCUUAUCGUAAAAAGAAAGAAGGUCAUAGAUGUCUGCUACACUGCCUAAAGACAUUAGCUACUUCUAUUGAUGAGAUACCAGUAAAAUCAAGUGACGAUUCUGACUCAAUGAAAUCAAGUCAAAGAAGUCAGUCUGAAAGCGAAAACGCCGGCGACUCGUGUAUUCCGUUUCCUCGUACAUGCGGAGCUAAGUGGUGUUGCGUUAGCACUUUAGUCGUCUUCAAUCGACCAACAAAUGCUAGGAGGCUGUCUUUGAAACAUGAGGCCGGAACUCCCAGAUCAAUGUCUUCAUUGUCAUUAACACCAGCGCUUUUUGGAACGGGUUAUACCUCUGUGUCGCCACUUGCUACCACUACUCCGUCUCCUACAAACGCGUCAGGAUUUCCUCAACUACAUCAUAGACAUCCUUCAAAUUCUAUAACUACAUUUUACUUUCAAGAUAGAUGGAAGACACCAGGACGCCGUACUGGAAGUAUGCGCAGCCGCGGUAGUAUAUCAGGCAUUGCAGCUCCACGUGUGGUCCUGUAUGCUGCAACAAAUUUAUUCCCACUAAACCGGACCCUUGCAGAAAGAUAUGUGGUCAACGCCGAAAAUCCUGUUUGUAUGUACUUUGAUAGCAAUGUUUACAUUUUGGAUAUGUGUGAGAAUAACGCACGAAUAGCCGCAGAGGAAGGGGAAAGCGAGUUAGCGCAUGCCUGGGGACUUGCAGGACUCGCUGCUCAGUCACUCAAGGCACGCGUUGUAGACCACCUCGCCUCGAGUGAAGAAAGCAUGGGCUGGGUGGGACAUCCACUUUGUUGCAACCUUUUGCAAUCAUUAAUAUCACACUACGCCAAAGCGUCAAAUCUUCAAAUGGCUGCGAUGCUCGCCUGUGCGUUUUCGGUCUUCAAUGAGUCGAGUAACUCCAGCUCUCUGUCUACUAUCAGUACAUCUAGUUAUGGCAAUGGUACAUCUCCUUAUAGCACGGUAAAUCAAUUUAGCGAAAUCAGCGCGGACGGGUGGACAUUGCCCACACUCCGAAGUAAUUCGUGUUCAGAAGCUGAAAACUUCUACACAGACUCUACAGUCUCUAGAGAGAAAUUCGAUCGAGGAGCAGCUUGUAUAGUUGACGAACAAGUCGUACACGCGUACCAUUGCUUCAAGCGAGUUUAUGCCGAUAUCUUGCAUCACUGGCAACUUCUGUACAAAAAGACUGAGGUAAUGAAGCUAGUAGGCUGCAAGCACGACGCUACGCACGGGACACACUUAGGGCCGGAGGUGGCGGCGGAGUGCGCGUGGUGCGGGCGCCUGGCGCGCUCGCCGGUGUGCUCGUCGUGCCGCCGCCUGGCGCUGCGCUGCGCCGUCUGCGCGCUCGGCGUGCGCGGCCUCGCCUGCGCGUGCGUCUACUGCGGCCACGCGGGACACGCCCACCACAUGCUAAAGUGGUUUUCAGAACACGAUACAUGUCCAACCGGCUGUGGCUGCAAGUGCCUGCUGGAAGGCAGUCCGGCAUGGAAGGGCGUCAAAUACGCAUAGCAUACGAGGUAACAUUACAAGUACCUGAAAAAUAGAACGUUUAUACAGGACUUACUCCGAUAUAAAGCGCUCAUUUGGUUUGGUAUACUAUUUCUUGCGUAUAUUUAGUUGUUUUAUAUUAUAUUUUUACGUAUUCUCGACGUGAACCACUUUAUUUUUAUCUCGAAAACCCCUUGGUUACGUAAAAUAGACCUAUUAAAGAACGUUUUGUAAGCAAGGAUCGUAGCAAAUAAGAACCGAUAAAUUAAAAAUGUACCUAUAGACUGUCUUUUUUUAAGAGGGACUAAAAUGACAUUUGCAGGGUUGCCAGUUGUUAUAAAAUUUUUAAGUCAUGUACUUGUUGUCGACAGUUUUAUCGAGAGAUUGUGAAAGAAGCUAAAUUUUGCCAAUGUUUGAAUUGUGAAGUCAGAUGUUCUAAUGAUUACCUACUAAUUGUGUUAUUGCCUUCUUCAUUCUUAUUUUGACACUUGUAUACUAAUAUCGAAAUCAAUUUUUAUUCAUAUGCAUUUUAACAAGAACAGGCGGAUUUGAUUGAUAUUGAAUUCAAAUGAAAACACUUUGAAAUAUGUUUCCUUUUUCUAUUUUAGACAAUUAGACUUAGUCCUAAAUGCAGCGUAUAUGUAUAGAUGUGUGAAUUUACAAAAAUUGACAAUUCGAAUGAACCUUUUCCCAGCGGUUGAACGAAUAACUGACGAUGAUUAAAAAAAAGAGUUCGGCUAUUUAUUGCAUUAGCGUGACCAACAUUCAGUCGAUAGACAAAGAAAAUUAUCGACUGCAAUCACUAGCUACUUGGAAGUGGGCAACACUUUU